AUGGUGGAAACCAGAAGAGGUGCUUCUUCUUCUUCUUCCUCCAAGCGCAAGACCCCUUCCGCUUCAUCUUCUCCUCCCCCCAACGGCAAACGAUCCAAGGCGGCGGCGGAGGAGUCUUCGUCGACUAAUGAAGUGCCGCAGGAGGGGAAUACAAGUUCCGGGAAGGACUCCGGAAGGGAUAAUCCGGCCGACCAAGAGUUUCGGUCGUCGGCUGAUCUGACGGAUGCUGUCAAUGAUUUGAAGCUGAUGUCGGAUAAUUCACUGGAGGGUUGCGUUGAAGGUGAUUCUAAUGUUAAUAUAGGGAAGGGGAAAUCAAAAAGCCGUGGCAAGAAAAAGCAGUCGAAAUCUUCUGAUACUAAUGGGGUUGCUUGGGGGAAGCUUCUCUCUAGGUGUUCUCAGAAUCAUAAUGUUGUCAUGAAUAGUGCAACUUUCACUGUUGGGAAGGGCCCUGAGUGCGACUUGUAUGUUGGAGACCCAUCCGUUAGUAAAUCUCUAUGCAUUCUGAAACUCCAGGAUUCCGAGAAUGGAUGUCCCGUCACCAUGCUUGAAAUUACUGGGAAAAAAGGUUCUGUCCAAGUUAAUGGCAAGAUAUACCCACAAAACUCUACCGUGCCACUAAAAGGAGGCGAUGAAGUGGCUUUUAGCUCAUCUGGGAAACAUGCUUAUAUCUUCCAGCAACUAAAUGGUGAUGAAUCAUCGGAUACUGAGAUUCCCCCAUCUGUCAACAUAUUAGAAUCUCACGAUGCAGCUGUCACGGGGUUGCAUUGGGAGGCCAGGUCGAGAGAUUCAGCUACUGUUGCAGUGGCAUCUACUCUAGCAUCUUUAUCCAAUCCGACGAAAGAGCUAUCUUCCGUUCCACCUUCAUCUGCAACUGAUGAGGACGCACAAAAUGGUGCAGAGACACCUACAGUUCCUUCUGUAUGUGAAUUAUCAGAUAACCGUAUUGUUGAUGCAGAAAUGAAAGAUAGUGCUGGUGAUAACACUAGUCCUAACUUGGGCGACGAGACAAAUGUUCCAUCCUCCAAUGCUGCCGGUGAGAACCUGAAUCUUGACUUUGGGGGAAUGGAAUCUGUUGAUCCAGACAUUGGGAAGGUAGCAACAGCAUCGAAAAAUAUAAGUUCACUUCUGAAACUUUUUGUUCAAUCUGCUCCCGACCUUGGUUUAAGCAGCGGCUUAAGCAAACAUGCUAAUGACCAUUACGGAGUAAGGGACUUAGAUCCCCUAUCAUCAACCAGGCGACAAGCAUUUAAAGAUUUGCUACAGCAAAGGAUAAUUGAUCCGAACAGUAUAGAAGUCUCAUUCGAAAAUUUUCCGUACUACUUGAGUGAGACGACGAAGAAUGUUCUGAUCGCUUCUACUUACAUACCUUUAAGGAGCAACCAAUUUUCUAAAUACACUGCAGAACUUCCCACCGUAUGUCCCAGAAUAUUGUUGUCUGGUCCUGCAGGGUCGGAUAUUUAUCAGGAGACAUUAACAAAAGCACUGGCAAAACAUUUUGGUGCUAAACUGCUCAUAAUUGAUUCACUCAUGUUGCCUGGUGAAUCAAUAAGUAAGGAGGUCGAUCCUGUAAAAGAAAUUUCAAAGCCUGCAAAAGUUAGCGUUUUUGCUAAACGGGCUGCUCAGACGGCUGGAUUACAGUGGAAGAAACCAGCUUCAAGUGUUGAGGCUGACAUUACUGGGGGUUCUACAGUAAGCUCACAGGCACAGCCAAAGCAGGAGGCAUCUACUGCAACAUCGAAGACCUAUACUUUCAAGCAAGGUGACAGGGUGAAGUAUGUUGGUGGCAGUGGCGCACAAACUCCAUCCAGGGGUCCCAUACCUGGUUACAAAGGCAAGGUGGUUGUGGCAUUUGAGGAAAACGGUUCUUCAAAAGUUGGGGUGAGAUUUGAUAGAUCAAUACCAGAUGGAGACGAUCUUGGGGGCUGCUGUGAAGGAGAUCACGGUUUCUACUGUGCUGCCAACCUGCUUCAGCUUGAUAACUCUGAUGACAUUGACAAGUUUGCUAUCAGUGAACUCUUGGAGGUGGCGUCCAAAGAAAGUAAAAGUGGUUCAUUAAUUAUUUUUGUGAAAGAAACUGAAAAGUCUAUGACUGGGAGUAAUGAUGCACUUGGAACCUUUAAAUAUAAACUUGAAAGAUUGCCGAAGAAUGUAGUUGUCAUACUUUCGCACACGCAAACAGAUAGUCGGAAGGAGAAAUCCCAUCCUGGUGGUCUUCUUUUUACUAAGCUUUCGAGCAAUCAGACAGCACUGCUUGAUUUGACCUUUCCGGAUAGUCUUGGUAAAUUGCAUGAUAAAAGCAAAGAAACUCCGAAGAUAGUUAAGCAGCUUUCCCGAGUUUUUCCUAAUAAAGUGACGAUACAGCUUCCUCAGGAUGAAGCAUUGCUGUCUGAUUGGAAACGGCUAUUGGACCGUGAUAUUGAAACAUUAAAGUCACAGUCAAACAUUGUUAGUAUUCGGACGGUACUAAAUCGAGUUCGGAUAGAGUGCACCAACCUUGAUGAACUGUGCAUCAAAGAUCAAGCACUGACAAUUGAAAAUGUGGAGAAGAUUAUCGGUUGGGCUGUAAGUCAUCACUUUAUGCAUUCUUCUGAAGCUCUUGGGAAAGACAAAAAACUUUCUAUAAGCAGUGAAAGCAUUCAAUAUGGGCUCGACCUCCUGCAGGGUCUUCAGAAUGAAACGAAGAGUUCAAAGAAAUCUCUCAAGGAUAUUGUUACCGAGAAUGAAUUUGAGAAGAGACUCCUUGGUGAGGUUAUACCACCAACUGAUAUUGGAGUUACUUUUGAAGACAUUGGAGCGCUGGAAAAUGUGAAGGAAACUCUGAAAGAGUUGGUUAUGCUACCUCUACAGAGACCGGAGUUAUUCUGUAAAGGACAGCUGACAAAGCCUUGCAAAGGAAUAUUGCUAUUUGGACCUCCUGGUACGGGUAAAACAAUGCUUGCCAAAGCUGUUGCCACAGAAGCUGGUGCAAACUUCAUUAAUAUUUCGAUGUCAAGCAUCACUUCGAAGUGGUUUGGUGAGGGGGAGAAGUAUGUGAAGGCGGUCUUUACCUUGGCUAGUAAAAUUGCUCCGAGUGUUGUGUUUGUUGAUGAGGUCGACAGCAUGUUAGGAAGGCGGGAAAAUCCCGGAGAACAUGAAGCAAUGCGCAAAAUGAAGAAUGAGUUCAUGGUGAAUUGGGAUGGUCUGAGAACGAAAGAUAAGGAACGGGUACUAGUACUUUGUGCUACCAACAGACCUUUUGACCUUGACGAGGCUGUCAUCAGGAGGCUUCCUCGGAGGUUGAUGGUAAAUUUACCCGAUGCACCUAACCGGGAGAAGAUUCUGAAAGUAAUAUUGUCUAAAGAAGAAUUAUCGCCCAAUGUAGAUCUGGAAGCAAUUGCUAAUAUGACCGAAGGAUAUUCCGGAAGUGAUUUAAAGAACUUGUGUGUAACAGCAGCUCAUUGUCCGAUUAGAGAAAUUUUGGAGAAAGAGAAAAAGGAGAAAUCAUUGGCAUUGUCUGAGAAUAGGCCUUUACCCCCAUUGUAUAGCAGUUCAGAUGUCAGACCACUCAGCAUGGAGGAUUUCAAGUAUGCACAUGAGCAGGUAUGUGCUAGCGUGUCUUCAGAGUCUGCAAAUAUGAAUGAGCUUGUUCAAUGGAAUGAACUCUAUGGAGAAGGCGGUUCAAGGAAGAAGAGAUCCCUUAGUUACUUCAUGUAG